UGCCACUUCCGCUCUCGCUUUCCACCGUGCAAUAUGGCGGAGGAGCCCGAGUCGGUGUUGCAACUCCCUUCAACUGCUGCUGCUGGCGGUGAAGGACUUACGGAUGUCUCCCCAGAAACAGCCACUCCAGAGCCCCCUUCUUCUGCGGCAGUCUCGCCGGGGACAGAGGAGCCUUCAGGCGACACCAAGAAAAAAAUUGACAUCCUACUGAAGGCUGUGGGAGACACCCCUAUAAUGAAAACAAAGAAGUGGGCUGUAGAGCGAACCCGAACCAUCCAAGGACUCAUUGACUUCAUCAAGAAGUUCCUUAAACUUGUGGCCUCAGAACAGUUGUUUAUUUAUGUGAAUCAGUCCUUUGCUCCUUCCCCAGACCAGGAAGUCGGAACCCUCUAUGAGUGUUUUGGCAGUGAUGGUAAACUGGUCCUACAUUACUGCAAAUCUCAGGCCUGGGGAUGAGCCACAGAGAAAAACAGCUUGAUACUCAAGAUGAUGUUUUCACAGAGGAAAUGGCUCCAUAAAGUUCUUAUGCUGUGACGAGACUUAACAGAUAUCAACUACUCAGCAUGUGUCUACUGAAACUCAUAUUUAUACAUAAGAAAACAUCUGUAGAGUGAAUAGACUAACAAAAAUAUGAUUUGUGUUAAUACACAAGUCUUCAUAAAAGAUUGACAUCACAGUAUGCCUGUUACUCCUGCCUAUUACUACCAUUGUUUCAGAUCUGCCUCCAAGAUUGAAAAGAUUGAAACUACAUGAACUUUCAUUACCAGUUUUCAAAAUGAUUGAAAUUGUUUACUUAUAGAACUGGCACUCUGCUGAUUUCUUUCAUGGUAAAAAUUAAUUUACUAAUAGGUUUUUCUAUUUCUUUUUAACUCAUUCAGGAAACGUCAGUUAGGGGUAUAAGAGGUUUAAAUUUUUUCUGUUGAAUUACCUUGACAAACCAAGUCGCAUUGACCUCUUAGCUAAAUACCUUACAUAGUCCAUUAGAGGGCAGUCCAGCUGAUAAAAAGGGUUUGGUUAAUCUGGUUCUACAUCUUUGCCAGGUGAAAGGAAAUAAGACUUUUCUUGUUAAUUUCUGGCCAAUAUGUAGCCAAGAAAGCAAGUAUGUUGACAAACUGGAAGAAUUUGAGAAAAUAAUCACAAUUUAAUUAUGCUAGGAAACAGAAACAAUUUUACAAAUUCUAGACAAAUGAGUUUUACAGGAUUUUUUUUUUUUUUUUUUUUUUUUUUUGGUACUAUCAAGAUUGAGUCCCAGUGUUGUGCUGCUUUAUCACUUAUUUAAACAAUGUUCAAAGAACUUGCUGAGUAAACCUAAAAUCAUUGUGUACUUCAUAUUCAGAUUGAAAGUAUUCGAAGAAUAAUUGUAAAAUAGCCUCAAAUUUUAUGUGUAUGUCAUGCCAUGACUAAAAGAGUACCAUUUUUACUGAUGUGGUUAGACUGUUCAUUGCUUAAAGUGAGAUUUAACUUUUUUUUCUUCUGUACUUUAUUUAUCAUGCAUAAUAUUUAAAGCCAUUCCAUAAAUGGAAUAGAAUGUUCAAACAGGUUUUGUGACAUGUACUAUAAUUUCAAGUGUUUGUUUUCAAAGAUAAUAUGGUAGGAAGAAUGUGAUUUUUAUGAAAGUACUUGAGCUACACUUACAUCCUUUAAAUCCCAGAGUGUACUUUAUGGUACUUUAUUUUCCUGGAAUUAUAACAGGUUGGGUAAGCUUUUAACACCACAUAUUAGCAUGAGGAUAUGCUAAAUAACAAUUCACUUUACAGUGAAGAAAUUGCUGUUCAGUUCUCAUUUUCUGCCUAAGAAUGUGAAUUCUUGAUUUCCCUUAUACCAAUGACCCUUUAUAAUAAAUGAAUAUGGCUAAUA